AUGGCUAGUCAAGGGACGGUAGAGUGUGAGAAAAUUGUUGACAAAUGUGUCCUUUGUCGAAAGGUUGAUGGGAAAUCGUAUCAAGCCCCAAUAUCCCCACCUCUUCCCGAAUUUAAAGUACAAAGAAACCAACCAUUUUCUUUAGUCGCAGUUGACUUUGCAGGAUUCCUAUACGUAAAGACAUCUAGUGGAAAUGAGAAAGGAAUGGUAAAGACAUGGAUAUCACUGUAUAGCCUGUAUACGUGUUGUUCAACCAGAGUAGUCCAUCUUGAUCUUGUACCAAACAUGAGUAACGAAGCAUUCAUUCCUAACUUCAGACGAUUUGUAGCCAGAAGAGGAAAACCUUGCAUGUAA